AUGCCUAGCGCUAUACCAAAUUUCCACCAUAACGAGAUUGCAGAUCAAGGAUUCACCAUAGUCCGGGGAUUUUUGACACCGGAAGAAAUCGCCAAAUAUCGCAGUGCUUCGGAAAAACUAGUACAAUAUGCCCGCGACGGACACUGGCCUCAUGUACGUACCAGAGGAAAGCAAUUUCCUCCAUGGCCCGAGAACUUUAGUCCUGAUAUAUGGGGCAUCUCGGGUUUGUUAAAUCCGGAUUUGGGGGAACUUUCUGUUCCUUUUCAAGAAUGUUAUUCUUCCGAUAAGCUUUUGGCAAUUGCGCAGGAUAUUCUACAAACUGAUAAAGACCAUUUGUCGAUGGAAUUGUUCAACAUGUUGAUUAAUCCGUUGACAGACUUUGAUUUGGAUUGGCACCGUGACUAUAUAAAGCCGGAGGUGACUCCUGAAGAAGAGGCAGAACAAUUGCUUUUGGAUCCAUAUGCUGGAACCCAAUUCAAUCUUCCUUUAACUGAAGAUAGUUGUCUCAUUGUAAUUCCAGGUUCCCACAGGCGUAUAAGAACCGCUGAGGAGAGAGAGAAAACCAGUAACGAGAAUCGCAAAGAGUUCAUCACAGGCCAGAUCACGGUGGAUUUGCACCCAGGAGAUGUGGUUUUUUACAACAGUAACAUUCUUCAUCGUGCUUCAUACUCGGCAAAAAACACUCGGUUGACUCUCCAUGGGUCCUAUGGUCACAUUGAUCACGGCAAGACCAGAGCAAAGGGUGUUUUGCAACAUGGUGUGGCAGAAUGGCUUCCAAGGUUCCAUCCUCAAAAUGAAAAUUUGAAGCUUUUGAGGUCCAAGUUGGAGGUCUUGGCUAAUGAGUUUAAGGAUAAGGACUUGGGAUACUCAUUGGAGGGAUAG